AUGGCGACUAGAUUUUUCAGUGUGAAGAGUGCUAUAUUUGGUAUUGACAUCAAUAAAAGCCCGGGGCCUGAUGGGUAUGGGAGUGGAUUCUUUAGAGCAGCAUGGACUGUGAUUGGUCAAGAUGUGACACAAGCAAUUCUGGAAUUUAUGGAGACGUGGGAGCUCCUAACACAGUUAAAUUCUACAAGACUGAAGGAAGCAAUAAAAGUGGUAGUGGCAAGUAAUCAAGCAGCGUUUGUUGAAGGAAGAUCAUUGAUCAAUAAUUUGGUAGUGACAUGUGUUACCACUACGAGGUUCACAGUUAAAGUGAAUGGAGAAGGCUAUGGAUAUUUUGUGGGCAAGAGGGGCCUUCGACAAGGGGACCCUAUUUCCCCUCUGUUAUUUGUAUUAGUUAUGGCCUAUCUUACGAGAAUUCUGAGGAAGAUGAGUGAUCUGGCAGAUGUCAAAUACCAUCCAAUGUGCAAAUAG